AUGAAGCGCGCCAAUGUAAAAACACACUACUCGAUAGACCUAUCAAACUCCGAGGCGGCCGAGCAUAAAAAAGAUCAUCUGACGCCUUUUGGGCACCUACUCGCCGAGACAGGCGACCACGUCAGACACCGGUACCUCCUCUACGAGAAGAUCUGGGGCCACCAGAAACAGGCCAUCGAGACGAUCUUGAACCUGGCCAACCACUCGCUUUUCGCCAGUCUCCUUGAGUAUAUCCAGGAUCCGGUUUCCGAGCGGUUAGACACGGCUUUCCUUGGCUUGAGUUCCAACACGGCAAACAACUUGCGGCUUCUAGACGAGUUCUCGAUGUACGUCGCAGAAACCCCACAGGGAGCCACGCAUAUCCGAGUCGUGCGCUUGGGCUCCCAAUUGUGCGGCAACAUCAAGGCUGCCGUCAGAGAAAUGAUCAAGCAGAUUGUAGAGGGUCCCGUGUCCGAAAAAAAUGGCCCAGUAGACGAAGAUGAAAAUGAGCAAAGAGCGGACGACAACAACUCUGCGGACGACAACAGCGAGUUUGAAGACGAGGGGGAAGACGAGGACGAAGAGUCGACUGCCAUCUCAGGCGGCCGGAUCUCCUAUGAUUUUGAGAUCGUGCAGGACUGGAUGGACUCUUAUGUCAAGAAACAUCGGUGCGAGGACUCGCUCCGGAUCGUGGUGGUUUUGGAGGAUUGUGAUGGGUUUUCCACCGAGGUGCUCAACCAGUUAUUGCAGCUAGUUUGCGUGUACACGAGCCGAUACCCGAUCAAAAUGGUGAUGGCUCUAGGCACCCGUAAUGUGGGUAGCUGGAUGGACUCGAACGUCACCACCAAGCUCCGGACAUUGAUCGAGGGUGUCAAGUUCCAGGCAAAGGAAAACAAGGACUUGGGGUACCAGAUCAUCGAUGAGAUCCUCCUCCAGAACGAGAUCACGGCGCAGAACCCGCUACUUCUAGACGCGUAUCUCUCGCUGGUCAUCUUGAGCAGGUUUGAGAACUCCAACAAUUCCAUCGACAGCUUGAUCACAGAGCUCAAACUCGCGUACAUCAUGUACUUCUACCACACGCCGCUCGCGGGCUUGGUGGACCCUGCCUUUGUCCCGGAAAAGUUCCACUACGACGCGUUGAGAAAACUCCCGUCUUUCAAGAAUCAUAUGGAGGCCCUUGUGCAUGACCUUGGGCAGAACCCCUCCGAGUCCGAAAAGACCCAGGUGCUCCGCUUGCUUCUGAGCAACAAGGAGCUCAAGGCGCUUUUCGACAUGGCCCGAGGUUGGAUUCAGAAGUACCAGAACGCCGUCAUGAACGCCGUGAACAUAGUCUACUGGCUUUGCGGAGGCUCCAAAGAAAAGUUCCAGAUCUACAAGUUGAUCACCAACAACCAGUUCAUGAACUCGGCAUUUUCCAGCGGCGUCUUGAAAGCCGUGGCCGCGUAUGCGACUGAAGAAUAUGACGAGUUUGUGUCUUUCUUGGCGGGGCCUCUGAUACACGAGUCCGUGAAUGGCCAGAUCGACGAAGAUGUCGUGCGGAUGAAAGCAGGCCUCCAGGAAAGAAAUGACGGCGACCUCCAGUCGCUUCUCAACAAGUACUUCCAUGACAACGAGCAUCUCAACAUGAAAAUCAGCGACAAUCUUUUCAACGAGGUGCUCACAAUCAAUGGUGGACAUACAGAACUCGACGAGCUCAGACCGGCCGUCGCCAUCGAGGAAAACUACAGGAACGUCAUGAUUGAUGUCAUCCGCCCCAAUACAAGGGAGGUGAUUGAAACAGACCUAGAUGAGCCGCAGGCUAGGCUACGAAACCCAUUGCUCAUGGAGCGCUUCGGGAAAAAGAGAUUGGGCGCCAAGCUCGUGGGGCCGCCGUUGUGCAAGUUGUACCAGGUGUAUAAAGACACGCCCGUCAGCAUCAAUUUGUGGGACUUCUAUGUGGCUUUCAAGCUGUCGCUUCCGAGAGCACUGAUCGUGGCCGAAAUUGAACGUCACGUGCAGAGCUCACCGGAGACCGACCGGGCUGGGCUUGCGCUGAUCAUGGAGGGAUUGAAAAACGAGGAUAACGAAGACACGUGGAGCAAGGUCGUCUACGCCUGGUUUCUCCAGGGGUGUUUUGAGCUCAACGCGAUGGGCUUUCUAAAGGAGAAACUGAAGGGAGAUUACAUGGAAAAGUUGGUCUGGAAAAACUUAUAG